CUGAGGAUCAGAUACUCACCUUGGUCUGUAUUUCAGUUCCUUUAGCUCCGGUCAAGGGCAGAGCAGCAGCAAGUUGUCAGAAUGCAGCUCUCAUCGAGUGGAAAUCUGAGAGCAGGAAUCCUGCAGAUUCCUACACAGUGGAAUUCUGCAAAGUCUGCAGCGGCUGUGACUGGAGAGAAUCCCUCACAGAGUCGCUGACUGGGAUAACUUCAUGCGAAACAGUGGUUGAUCUGGAACCCAGUGAGAAUUAUCUGUUCUAUGUCCGAGCACUGAACGUAGGUGGUUGCAGUGAGAGGAGCUCACCCAUUAGCAUUCGAACCACAGGGAGCCAGUUCUAUCUGAUGGAGCAGACAGCUCAUCUGGCGCUCUCAUUUCUGGAAGAUGGAGUGACAAUUGUUUAUAAUGAGGACAAUGUCUGCAUAGAUUCCCCAAACUAUGAACAGCGGUUUACAAGUUGUGCUGCUGUCAUGGGACUGUUAGUGCCUGUCCGAGGAAAACAUUACUGGGAGGUUGAAGUGUCUGACCACACAGAAUACAGGAUUGGUGUUGCCUCCCACAACAUCCCCCGGGACAGCUACAUUGGUUCAAAUAUCACAUCAUGGUGCAUGAGACACACUGUCUCACCAUCCAGAAGUAAGUUUGAAUUCCUCCACAACGGGAUCACCCCAGACUUGAGGAUCACCGUAACCCCAAAACAAAUCGGAAUUCUCCUGGACUACGACAAGGGCAAACUUUCCUUCUUCAAUGUUACCAUCGCUCAACAUCUCUUCACGUUCUCACAUCCAUUUCAGCAGCUUGUCCAUCCUUGCUUCGCUUUGGAAAGACCUGGCAGUUUAAAAAUUUGUCAUGGGAUUCCUAUCCCCGAGUUUACCAGAUUACCAUGAUUUUCUUUUUCAGCUUAAACUUCAGCGAAUGUUGGGUGGAUUUAGGCUUUAGCUCAAAAG